UUCGUGGAGGUAGGACGUUGCGGCUCCGUCCGCCUGCCCACACGCCUGUACCAUUCUCCCUCACACAGCUUUGCGGGGCCGGUAUACACCCGCCGCUCGCUGCUCAGGACAGGAAAUUCCUCAUAAAUCGUCCGCGUAACUUAAACAGAUUUGUAAAACCUUCAAGUACAUCAAAAAAGAAAUCCAGCAUCACAUAAACUAUUAAUGAUGAAACGGCAUCGAGUCAUUAGAGUGAAUUAGUGGCUACCUGAGCUGACCCGUAGCCCUGAGCACCUGUGUUUACCUGUGAUCAAGAUAAUGGAGGCCCCUCACCUCGCCACUACCGGGAGGCGAGACUGCCGCUGCACCAGGUCAGGCGCGCGGAGCUCUAGGUCACGUGUGUAAAGGAAUAAAGUGCCAAAGGAGUAGCCAGGCCUCAAUUAUUCCCUCCCCUCCUUGCCCUCCUAUCUUCUCCAGGCACUCACAAAACAAAGGACGGGCAGCAAACAAAACUGACAUCUGAGGACCUUCUCGUGCAACACUGUGACGCAUCGCCGCCAGGAAAUGUCACGCGGAAGUUAAACCCACACGGCCCCAGAGGGCCAAGUGUGCGUGGUGUCCCUCCGCCGGCUACCUGUCUGUGGAAAAUCAAGAUUGCGAACGAAUCCACUGCAAUCAAGGACGUGUCUGGAAAGGGAUAUUACUCUGAUAGAAAUUCUCAUUGGCCUUCAGGGAUUUUAUAGGAAGGGGAAGAUUGGAAAAAUAAGUGAUGAAAAUGCUCAUGAAUAUCGGAUUUUUUUCACAGUACUUGCAAAAAUUCGGGAAAAAUAAGGUUGAACUAAAUAAUGUGUACUGACUAAUAAUACAUAUAGCUGCAGUACACGUGUGGAGGAAGAUAUAUACAAAGAAUAUUUCCGAACACGAGUAACUGAGGGAAUAUUUUGAGACCACGAACGUGAGUGUGUUUGCCAAAACGUCAAGAGGAGUCGCGUGGGAAGCAGACCAAGAGUGAUGUGUGCGGCGAGGCGGCGGUGCGACCCAGGGAGCGGCGCGACCCAAUUGUGAUGAUAGGAAUGCAUUAAGCUGAUCUUUGGUAGUCAGGCGGCGGUGCUGUAGUGAAUCUUUACCGCUGAGAUAAAGAGUACGAUAAACCUAACAGGAGUGGAGUGUACUGAAGAAGGAGCUGCAGAAGGUGGACGGAACGAAAGUGGAGAGACAUAAGGAGCGUCACUCUGCUUUUCCUCCUUUUCGUCCCCUUAACGACGCCUGGUGAAGAUGGCUGUUCUUCCCCUCCUCCUGUCUCUACUGAGUGGUCUGGCAGCAGGCGUGAGAAGCGAAGGACUCAUUCCCCCGCCGCCUCGUCACCGACCAGCCCUACUUCGACCCAAGCAUGUCCACAACCCUCACUGCCCACGUGGGAAGGCGCGCAGAGCUUCACUGCCGCGUUCACUCCAUUGGGAACAGAACCGUGUCGUGGAUCAGAGGACGCGACCUGAGAAUCUUGACAGUAGGGCGCUAUACCUACACCACUGACCUUCGCUACGAGGCGCUGCACCAGGACGGAACCAACCAAUGGACACUGAGAAUUACGUCCGCCCAGCCGCGCGACCAGGGCACCUACGAAUGUCAGAUUAGUACUAAGCCCGUGAAGGCGUUCACCGUGUUCCUCAAAGUGCUCGAGCCUCAAGGGGAGAUCCUGGGCUUCCCGGACCUGUACGUGCAGAAGGCCAGCAUGAUCAACUUGACCUGCAUCCUGCACGACCUGCCCGAGCCUCCUGAGUACGUGCUCUGGUACCACGAGAACAAGAGCAUCAGUUACAGCAGCAGUCGUGGCGGGGUGUCCAUGGUGGUGGUGAAGGGCCCCACCACCACCAGCCACCUGCUCAUUACAUCCGCCACCACGCAGGACGCUGGAUUGUACACCUGCGCCCCGGCCGGUCUCUCCCCCACCCAUAUCAGAGUCUACGUUCUUGAUGGUGAGGACGCCGCUGCCACACUCAAGAAUACAUCUGCCACGCACACCCAUCCCCUGCUGCCUCUUGGAGAGGGUCGUGUUAAUCCACCGGUCGUCGCCACCACUACCACCACCACCAUGGGCAGCGUGACGGGCGGCGCCAGCAGGAUGGUCGGGGCGUCCUUACCGCUGUCCCUUCACCUCUCCAUUGCCCUCACCGUGGCUAGAAUACUUGACUCUGUGUGGGUUGAAGUGACGUAAUACUCUUGUUUGUGUGUCUGUGCGUGUGCGUGUGCGUGCGUGCGUGCGUGCGUGUGUGUGUGUGUGUGUGUGUGUGUGUGUGUGUGUGUGUGUGUGUGUGUGUGUGUGUGUGUGUGUGUGUCAAUUAACUUCCCUAUCCCCUUCAUCUGUGUACGUAUAUAUGUUCCAAUAAGCGUGAUUACAAUGCAGGCGUAUGUGUACAGACACACACACGUACGAGAAUGUACAUCAACCUUUGUCGUGUGUAUUGCGUGUACCAUAUUAUGCACAAAAUAUCUUCCCAAGUACUCACACCAUUUCCCAAUAGUAUGCUUGUGUGUGUGUGUGUGUGUGUGUGUGUGUGUGUGUGUGUGUGUGUGUGUGUGUGUGUGUGUGUGUGUGUGUGUGUGUGUGUGUUUGUGUGUGUGUGUACUUCUCUGAUGGAUACACAAAGCAAAUAUGUCAAUAAUAUUAUAAUAUCAAUAAAUUAUUUACUAGA